CAAGCUGAGGCGUCUGCGUCGUUACUGGGAGCUGUUCUUAGAUCUGUUGAAGCUCUCUUAUGCAAGCUGACGGGAGGAACUUGGCAAAACCAGGAUCUGCAUGGAUGUCCAUGUUGUCAGGGUUCAAGGGACUGUGAGGCUCAGUUUUCAUCGAUGUCAGUGAAUAAAGGAGAAUCUCUUUCUAAUGAAACAGACUGUGCACAGACCACAGCUCCUUGUCUUAGUGAUGACGAUCUGUCCAAAUUAGUCACCAAAUCUCCUCUCUUUAAAACUCUACAAGACAUCCAGCGGUCGUUACAACAGCUCACAUCAGAGGAGUCACAUCAGCAUCUGUGCAAUGAAAUGGGGCUUUCUGUCCAAGAGAAACACAACGAACAUCUAAUUCCAACCGAACUGGACAGCCUGUCUCCACAGCACUCAGCUAUUUACCUGUUUGGUUGUCAUGUGAUGCAGUUACUGGCAGAUUCCCCUAAGUUCCCCUCUGUGCUCCUUCUACUGGCGAAGUCUGUUCCCUUUAGCUCAUCUCCGUCUAAUGAGAAUCUUCUGGCCCAUUGCACAGGGGACUUCUAUUUUGAUCCAACCAAUCAAAUCCUUUAUCUAUCAGAAGCAAAGCUUCAGCAUGUGGGGCACUUUAUUGCUGUCAUCCUGCAGUCCAUGGCCCACAUAGCAGUAGGAUCCAAACCCCAGAGGUUUCUGCAAGCUCUACAUGAGGCCAUUUCAACUGUAAGCCUUCAGCUGUUCAACCUUUCAUUUAAAUGGAGCUCUGCAGAGCCUAAUUUUGAUGCUUUAGAUGGGCGGCAUGGUGCAUUAGUGGAGCAAUUUCUCAAUAUUAGAGUUCCCUCUGAAGCACGCUUCACUGAGCAGUUAUUAGCCAGGAGACUGGAGAAAUAUAAGUAUUUUAAACUAGAGGAUCUUAUCUGCAACCUCAAACAAAGAUCAACUCCAAAUACAGGUUUGCCACCAAAUGGGACACCAGUGCAGAUGUCAUGUGUGGAAGAAGAAAUUGACCGUAUGAGUGAGUCUUUCCUGCAGCUAAGCGUGCAACUGCAGAGAAGAGCUGAAAUAAGCACGAUGCUAAAGGAGAGAGACAGCAGUGCCGGAGACCAGGCGAGGGAAACAUCAACAAACAUGCCAAGUCUGAGUCGUAAUGGAACAAUCCUGUUGGAGCUGAAGAGAUGUUAUGUAUCACAGCGCCUCAACGAGCUGCAAGCCACAUUAAGCCAAAUGAGACAGUGCCAGCUGCGUGACGGCAAGCUAAAAGACGGAACAAGAGGCCGUAAAGAAAGUGAUGACAGCUCCGAUCAGCACAGAGAAAAGGAGCAUGAUCCUGCCAGGGACCACCAGCGGCGGUCCACUCUUUAAGCUGAUCAGAAGCACAGCCCACACAGCCGGGAGAGCAGAGGUCUUUGUGAAUUAUUAAAUGGAGAGUCAUAUUUCUGACCAGCAGAGAAGUGGCUCUGUUCAGGCUGACAACCACGACACAUUAAUGCACCAAACUAUGCUGGAGACCAAAGAGCAGCUCCAUUAAAAAAAAACAGCCCAGGAAAUUUUGAGCCUAACAGCAAAACCAAAAGGAAAAUAGAGAAGGACACACAACUAUUACAAACAUGUAUUUGAUGUUUUGUUUUUCUUUCAGAUGUCAAUGUCAUAUUCCAGACUUUCCAUGCUGUUAUGUUUGGCCUGUAAUAGCGUUGAGCUAAUCUUUGUACUAGAUAAUACUCCAUUUUGUUUUGCUGAAGCGUGGUCCCAGUGACCUCAGUCUUAGCAUGUGCUCUGGUAACUACCAGUGAUAGCAGACAGGAAUAUAUUUUGGCAGCGAACAGCAGUAUGACACAAUCUGUAAGAAAUAGUUUCUCUGUUAGGAGUUUUAAUAAAGGGAGUUGAUUCAGGUC